AAUAAUUAAUAAUUAAGGUAGAUUGUAUCUUCGAAGUUGAUUAGUUUGUGAAGGGUGAAAAGUAACAGCGGCUUCAGUGCAAAAUCAAAGACAUUUCAAGUCGAUGUGUUGAUAAAAACGGCAAAUCAUGGAUGAAGGGAUCGCAAAUGCCAAAAUGUUGGUGAAGAACCUGGUGGCAGGAGUGGACGUCGCGGCUCUCCUCGUCAAGACGAAAUUCUACACGUCGCUCUGCCUGGGAACAACAGCCAUCCUCUCGGUCUUCGCAUUCCUGUUCCUCAUCCCCUUCGUAGUCGACCCGGCCAUCUCGACCAUACUCGCCGAUUACGAGCAGAACCCUGUGACGUGCAUCGCGGUCGAACACGUCUACGCGGAAGGGCUAAGCAACUGCUCCUGGUCUUCGUGUAGGGAAGGAUGCACCAACGCCGCCCUCAGGUGCCACCAGAUACUCGUCAACUACUCGAAAAUUCCCUUCGAAGAAUGGCAAAAGAGCGAAAUAGAUAUGAAGACUGUCCAGUGGGACGUGGGCGAGACGAGGUUCUUCAUAAACACCGAAGGCUGCGGGUAUCCGCCGAGGGUGAACUGCUCUGAAUUCGCGAAGCAGUACGGCUCAAAGAACCUCGGCACACCUUUUCCCUGCUACUACAGCAAGACCUACCCGAGCAUGGUGGUGGCGAGGUAUUCGUGGGACGACAACCUACGGCACCUCAUCCUAUCUCUGGUCAUCCCCAACGUCCUUUUCGCCAUAUCAAUCGGCGUCCUCAUCUACUGGUACUGCCCCGGCUGCAACCGUUCCAGGCAACCCAUCGACACCUCUUCGUACGUCGAGAGCUUCCACUCAAAACACGAUUCUGAAACCGACUGCGUCGAAAGCAUGGGGACGAACCCGACCUUCGUCAUGGACGACGAAUGAAUCCGUGAGAGAGAAAGGGACGAAGACGAAGAGGAGUACGAGGACGAGGAAGAGUACUGACAGUGAUAGAACAACCUGAGGAAGGUACAUGCUCAACAGGCCAACCACCCCUCCACACCGAAGUCUAGCGAACUACCCCCAAUUUAUUAGCAACAUUUUUCUUCUUAAGCUCUUCCUCACUUCUCGAUGUCCGGUAAAAAAACAAAAACAACGAGGUUAUUUUCCAUCUCGAAUAUUAACCACAUAAAUACUAAUCGCAAUAAAAUAGAAUAUAAUAAAUCCUUAAGGAAAAGUAUAUAGGUUAGAGUGGGGCAGAUCGUAGAGUGGUAUAUCGCAAUUCUAUAGUAUAGAGGUUUCACUAAUCAUAUCAACUUUUAACGAGGAUAUUUUUAUGAUAUAGAAACAAGAGAACAGUACAAGGAUUUUAACUAGUGGUAAAAGAUUUGUUUUUGUCGGAAUAUCAACGUGCAAUGACAAUACGUCAGCACCUGUUUUCAAAUCUAAAAAAUAAUUCAAAAUUAGGAAUAAGCCACACUUAUUCUGUGUAGUUAAGUUGUUUUAAAAGUGUAUGUUCUUAUACACUUACGAAUAUGCUUAAUUUAAAAGUUUAUUUAAAACAGCAUAUUUUCAACAAAAAAAGGAACUUGAAUAUCGAGUAUAUAUUUUUUUCAGAUCCCUUAAGACUCAAGUUUGAAAAUACAUGUAACUGCUGCUGCAAAAUUUUAACAAUUUUCGUAAUACACAGUAGGAACAAAAAUUAACACUAAUGACAAACUUAACGUUAUAAUAGUGCAAGGGGAAUUUUAAAAGCAAAACACCUUUGGAAUUUUCACUCGAAAUGACCAUAACUAGUAGCCAACUGAUAAUUUUUAAAAUGAGUUUUAGAAAUUCACCCUAUAAAUUAUUAAUUGUGUAAAAAAACGAAAUUUAAUUAAAUUUACCUCGUGUUCAACAAUGUUGAUAUGCUCUUCACGUAGACAUCGCGUAUUUAAGAGUCUAAGGGACGAAAAUUGAAAGGAAAUAAAUACAAAAUCUUGUUCCUUUACAAAAUUCCUUAAGUGGCUGUCGAAAUGGCCAUUUUAGAGUCACCUAGCCAAAAAGGUUGCGAGUAGUAUACUCAACAAUUUUUGUUUUAAGUUAAAUUUUACAGUGCUCAAUUGAAUUGGCUUGUAGCAGUUAGUUGCAAUAAAAAUUGUUAAAUUCAAAUUGUGAUAGGAGUUUAUGCGACUCCUUUCGAUUUAGUAAUUGUUUAAAGAUAUAUUUGUACAGAAUAUUUUAAAAAAAUUGUUUAGCUUUAGAAUGCAAAUUAUUUUAGGUUUACAGAAAUUCGUUGAAUUUUGAACUCUGUUUUACCCCUUCAAAAGAGUUAUAUGUUUUAUACUGUGAGAAAAAAAAAAUUAAAUAAGAGAUCAUAAAAGCGCGACCAAAAUAUAUUUACAAAUACUGACAGAGUUUUAUUUUAUAAAAAUCUAUGUAUAUUUCAUGUUCAAUGUGAUUUCUAAAGCUUCUCCGGAAAGUGUGAAAUAUAUGUUUUUCGUUAUUUGUUAGUUGGAAAAAAUUGAAACAAGUGGUUGAGAACAAUGUCGAUAUUUAGAGGUUAAUUAGAUAAUACGGACAUUUUCAAUAGUAGGAAUAGAGUAGUAGAGUGCCAAAGGCAAAUCAAAAUUGCUAAUUGGGGCCUUUUAACUAAAAACCUUUAAAAUUAUAUAUAACCGUCUACGCCUUGAAAAGAGAAAAAACUAUGUACAGGUUGUGUUUUAAAGUUUAUAAAUAUCUAUUUGAAAUUUUAAAAGGAAAUGUUAUUUCUGUUCGACGUUCUUCCAGACCCGAUUGAAAUGACACGAAAUGCUUCAGCUUUAAAUCUGACUGUUGAUCUACUUUUGGAUAAACCAUUUUUGCCGCUAUAUUUUUCAUUCUCAGAUUUACAUAAUUAUAUUAAAUAAUAGGGAAAUCGUUUUAAUCUUUUAUC